GGGCCUGCAGGGCGCCGUCCGUCAACGUCCAGUCGUUCAAGCAGCCAGAAAGAUCCGUCGUCAAUCCUCAACCACGCAUCUAUCUCCAGACCGUACUACUCAUCCACACCAACGACCAACAAACCCCAAAAUGCCGUCCCUCCCCACCCACGACUUCCAGUUCCUCCCCAUCCCCAACUUCCCCGACGACCCACCCCCCCUCACCCUCUCCAACUCGUCCACCUGGACCUACUGCGGCCCCCUCCUCACCACCGCCCUCCCCUCAACCUUCCACACCUGGUCCGCCCAAACCCUCACCGGCACCGACACCCUCCUCCCACAACUCCUCCCUUUCCUCUCCGCAGCGCACGCCUUCCUCCGCGAGCACGGCUUCCAGCACUACUGGCUCACGGUGCGCGCCUCCCAAGCGCGCAGCAGCAGCAGCAGCAGCAGCACAUCCGGCGGCAUCGAAACGCAGCGGUGGCACACGGACGGCCACUUCUCCGAUCUACCUGACCUGGACCUCGACCGCGACCGCGCCCGGGCAGGUCGCUGGAAGCUGCGCGCCACGCUGCAGGGCGUGAGCCCGCUGUUCGCCGUCGACGGCGCGCGCGCGCGGGAGGUGCUGCGCCGGGAGGGGGCGGUGCUGGGGUGCUAUGGCAUGGAGGAGUAUCCGAGGAGUUGGAGUUUUGGGGUGCCCGGGUGGUUGGAUGGUGAGGGUGAGGGUGAGGGUGGGAGUGAUGAGGGUGAGGAUGGGAUGGGCAAGUUUUAGUUUUGUGUGGCUGGUUGGGUAUUGCGUGGAGAGUUGUUGGGAUCAUAUAUGGGUCGUGGGCAGCAAUGAGCGUGAUAGAAAACGUGGUUUCAGAAGCUGAGGGAGGGUAUCGAAGUACCUAACCUUCCGAUCGGGGUAGGUUAUCGGUCGCCGGUUUGGUUUGUAGUCUCCUGAUAAUGCUGGGUGUCUAGUAGUCCAUUCCUCGUGCAGUGGUCAUUCGUGAAGCGUAUCGUCACUCAU